GAACAAAGUCUUAUGUUUUCACGGCUCCGAUUUGUAUUCCCAUGCUUACCUGUGUGAAAUUUUGUAAUCUAUAAGGAUUGUCUAUAUUGAACGUGGAUAUAAAUAAUUCAGAUGUAAUGACUCAUCACGUUGAGGGCUCAUUGACUUACAAUUCUGUAGUUAGUCCUGAUUAGUGAGAGGGGAUAUUGGGAAAGCUCUUGAAAGAUAAAAUUCCAGCAGAGUGACACUUGAAUUCACAUUAAGCGCUGUGCUGUUUCCUGCAGGAGGGACUUCGAACCUUGUGCGUUGCCUACAAAAGGCUUGUUCCGGAAGAAUACGAAGGUGUUUGUGCACUGCUGCAGGCCGCCAAAGUGGCUCUUCAGGACCGAGAGAGGAAGCUAGCGGAGGCCUACGAGCAAGUAGAGAAGGACCUCAUCCUGCUCGGCGCCACGGCUGUGGAGGACAGGCUCCAGGAGAAAGCUGCCGACACCAUAGAAGCCCUGCAGAAGGCCGGGAUCAAAGUCUGGGUUCUCACCGGGGACAAGAUGGAGACGGCAGCCGCCACCUGCUACGCCUGCAAGCUGUUCAGGAGGAACACGCAGUUGCUCGAGCUCACCACCAAGAAGAUCGAGGAGCAGAGUCUACACGACGUCCUGUUUGAGCUGAGCAAGACCGUCCUACGCCACAGCGGGAGCCUAACCAGGGACAACUUCUCAGGACUCUCAGCCGACAUGCAGGACUACGGUUUGAUCAUUGACGGAGCGGCGCUGUCCCUGAUCAUGAAGCCCCGUGAGGACGGGAGCUGCGGCAACUACCGGGAGCUCUUCCUGGAGAUCUGUCGUAACUGCAGCGCUGUGCUGUGCUGUCGCAUGGCGCCCCUGCAGAAGGCUCAGAUUGUUAAAUUAAUCAAACUUUCAAAAGAGCACCCUAUUACUUUAGCCAUCGGCGACGGCGCCAACGACGUCAGCAUGAUCCUGGAGGCGCACGUGGGCAUCGGCGUCAUUGGGAAGGAAGGUCGUCAGGCCGCAAGGAACAGCGACUAUGCAGUCCCGAAAUUUAAGCACCUGAAGAAGAUGCUGCUCGUUCACGGGCAUUUUUAUUACAUCAGGAUAUCUGAGCUUGUGCAGUACUUCUUCUAUAAGAAUGUCUGCUUCAUUUUCCCUCAGUUUUUAUACCAGUUCUUCUGUGGAUUUUCGCAACAGGUGAGUCCUACUGUCUGAGUCAGAAGCUGCCCUGGGCCUUACCUCCCUGCCCUUGUGGUGGUGAAGGAGAGA